AUCCCCCUUAUCAACGCCUGCGAAGUCCCUCUCGCCUCCAUCACCCGCUCCGUCUCUGUUCCUCGUUGAGAAGGAAAAAAGAACCAUAUAUAAAAGAGCGAGAGAGAGGAGAGGUUGAAGCCCUGGAGCUCUGGAUGUCGGUCGAUUAGGGUUGCGGAGAAAUCCAAACGCUGGUUGGGGGGAGAUUUGGUCGGCGGGUGGGGAUGGCAUCGCCAUUGGCGGGGGACGGAGUUCUGGCUUUGAUACCCCAGAAGCCGGUGAAUUCCAUCGAUCCGGCUUCCUCCUCGUCAUCGGCGCCCUCUUCUUCGAACGGAUGCAUAAGGAACUCGGCCCAGAAGUAUCCAAUCCUGGUCUUCUUGUAUUUCCAGAAGGCAAUCCGGUCGGAGCUCGAUCGGCUACACCGGACGGCGGUCAAGUUCGCCACGGAACGCAGCGGGGAUGUGAAGUUGCUCGCGGAGCGCUGCCGCGUCCUGUUUGCCAUCUACAAGCACCACUGCAAUGCGGAGGACGAGGUAGUUAUCUUUCCAGCUCUUGACAUCCGUGUCAAGAAUAUAGCGCGGACAUACUCUCUUGAGCAUAAAGGGGAGAGUAAUCUUUUUGAUCAGUUGUUUGAAUUGCUAAGCUCACAUGUGCAAAAUGAUGAUAGUUUUCGACGAGAGCUUGCUUCUUGUACUGGAGCCAUUCAAACAUCGGUUAGUCAGCACAUGUCCAAGGAAGAGGAGCAGGUAUACCCUUUGCUUAUUGAGAAGUUUUCAUUCGAAGAGCAGGCUGAUUUGGUCUGGCAGUUUUUAUGUAGUGUUCCUGUGAAUAUGAUGGCAGAAUUUCUUCCCUGGCUUUCAUCUAGUAUUUCACCUGAUGAACAUCAAGACAUGUUGAACUGCAUGUGCAAGAUAGUACCAGAAGAAAAGCUCCUUCGACAGGUCAUAUUCGCCUGGAUGGAACGAAAAGGCACAACCAACGUGAGGCAGAAUUACUGUGAUGAUUCUCAAUUACAGAGCUGUCUCAGUUGUGGACCUGGCAAGUUGGUUGAUCACACUGAGAAUCACACAUGUGCAUGUGGACAUUCCAAGAUUGGAAAGAGAAAACAUACAGAAUCAGAGCAGAGUGCUGGUGAUUUUCUUGGGGUUCACCCAAUAGAUGAGAUAUUGCACUGGCAUAACGCUAUCAGAAAAGAAUUGAAUGACAUAGCAGAAGAAGCAAGGAAGAUUCAACUUUUGGGAGACUUUUCAGAUUUGUCUGCCUUCAAUGCAAGACUACAAUUUGUUGCUGACGUAUGCAUCUUUCAUAGUAUUGCUGAGGAUCAAGUCAUAUUUCCUGCAGUAGAUGGGGAAGUCUCCUUUGCACAGGAGCAUGCAGAAGAAGAAAGUCAAUUUAACAAGUUCAGGUGUUUAAUUGAACAAGUUCAGAGUGCAGGAGCAAAUGUAACUCCUGCAGAAUUUUACUCUGAAUUAUGUGCACAUGCUGAUCAAAUAAUGGACACCAUUCAGAGGCACUUCUGUAGUGAGGAAGCUGAGGUUCUUCCUCUUGCCAGGAAGCAUUUCUCUCCUGAGAAGCAGCGGCAACUUCUAUACAAGAGUAUGUGUGUGAUGCCACUGAAAUUGUUAGAACGUGUUUUCCCAUGGUUUGUCACAAAGCUAAGUGAUGACGAGGCAAGGUCCUUUCUCCAGAAUAUGUAUCUGGCAGCUCCAUCAUCUGAAAUUGCACUUGUUACUCUUUUCUCUGGAUGGGCAUGCAAGGGUCGAUCCCAGGAUAUUUCUGAUUCGGGCAAGUUCGUAUGUUUGACUUCAAAGGCAAUUGGUUGCUGUCCUUUAAAUGAGAAAAACGAGUUGGAAGAAGAUUGUGGACAAAUGGUCUGUGCAUGUGCUUGUCCACUUAGCACUAAGAAAGAAUCAUCACUUCUGCAAUAUGAGGAUGAUUCUAGGCCAGUUAAACGAUGCAACUUCUUGGGAACAUGUGGACAUGCUAAUGAAAAUGGUCACUCGGAAGCAGUUGACGAUCAAAAAUCAUUGUGCAGCAAAAACCCUUGCUGUGUACCUGGGUUAGGAGUUGAUAACAGUAACUUAGGGAUAAGUUCAUUGACUGCUGCGAAGUCCUUGCGCUCAUUGUCUUACAAUUCUUCUGCUCCUUCCCUAAAUUCCAGUCUCUUUAACUGGGAGACAGACAUUAUGUCAUCUAAUGUGGAGAACAAUGUGAGGCCAAUUGACAACAUCUUCAAAUUUCAUAAAGCAAUCCGCAAAGAUUUGGAAUAUUUGGAUGUUGAAUCUGGAAAGCUUAUAGACUGUGAUGAGGGCUUUCUCCGGCAAUUCAGUGGAAGAUUUCGUCUUUUGUGGGGUCUAUAUAGAGCUCAUAGUAAUGCUGAGGAUGAGAUUGUAUUUCCAGCUUUAGAAUCGAGGGAGAAUCUUCAUAACGUGAGCCAUUCAUACACUCUAGACCAUAAGCAGGAGGAAAAGCUAUUUAAAGAUAUUUCUGAAGUUCUUUCAGAGCUCACACAACUGCUUGAUGGCUUGGGAAGGACCAAUGCUAAAGCUGAUGCUGCUGGAAAUGGCUCCAAUUCUUCUGUUCAGGGUAUUGAUUGGAUAAGGAGCCAAAAUGAACUUGCUACAAAGCUUCAAGGCAUGUGCAAAUCUAUACGGGUUAGUCUGGAUCAUCAUGUUUUUAGGGAAGAACUCGAGUUGUGGCCAUUGUUCGACCAACAUUUUUCUGUGGAGGAGCAGGAUAAGAUUGUUGGUCGUAUAAUUGGGACAACGGGGGCAGAGGUUCUCCAAUCAAUGUUACCAUGGGUAACUUCCGCGCUUACUCAAGAAGAGCAGAACAAGAUGAUGGAUACAUGGAGGCAAGCAACCAAAAACACAAUGUUUAAUGAGUGGCUAAAUGAAUGGUGGAAGGAUGCUCCUGUAUCAUCACAGGAUGCAACAGAGUGUUCUGUUCUUUCAAAAGGAACUGAUUAUCAAGAAAGUCUUGACCAAAGUGACCAGAUGUUCAAACCUGGCUGGAAAGAUAUAUUUCGGAUGAAUCAGAAUGAACUUGAGGCAGAGAUACGGAAGGUUUCUCGAGAUCCAACGCUUGAUCCACGAAGAAAGGCAUAUCUUAUUCAAAAUCUCAUGACAAGCCGCUGGAUAGCCGCUCAGCAAAAGUUACUGCAACCAAGAACCGAGGAAACAACAGGAGGGGAAGAUGUACCUGGAUGCUCUCCAUCAUUUCAAGAUCCAGAAAAACAAGUACUUGGCUGUGAGCAUUACAAAAGAAAUUGCAAACUCCUUGCUGCAUGUUGUAAUAGAUUGUUCACAUGCAGAUUCUGCCAUGAUAAAGUCAGCGAUCAUCCAAUGGACAGAAAAGCAACGACUGAAAUGAUGUGUAUGCAUUGUCUGAAAGUUCAACCAAUUGGCCCAACUUGCAAGACCCCCUCCUGUGAUGGAUUUUCAAUGGCCAAAUAUUAUUGCAAUAUCUGCAAGUUUUUUGAUGAUGAAAGGACUGUAUAUCACUGUCCAUUUUGCAACUUGUGUCGUGUUGGGAAAGGACUUGGUGUCGACUUCUUUCACUGCAUGAAAUGCAAUUGUUGCUUGGGAAUGAAACUAGUUGAGCACAAGUGUCGGGAAAAAGGACUCGAGACAAACUGUCCCAUAUGUUGUGAUUUUUUAUUUACAUCGAGUGCAGCAGUGAGAGCUCUACCCUGUGGCCAUUUCAUGCAUUCAGCAUGCUUUCAGGCAUACACUUGCAGUCAUUACACUUGUCCCAUAUGUAGCAAAUCCUUGGGAGACAUGGCGGUGUACUUUGGCAUGCUUGAUGCCUUGUUGGCUGCUGAAGAGCUUCCGGAAGAGUACAGAGAUCGAUGUCAGGAUAUACUAUGCAAUGACUGUGAUAAAAAGGGGAUGACCCGCUUCCACUGGCUAUACCACAAAUGCAGUUUUUGCGGUUCAUAUAAUACCAGGGUAAUCAAGGCUGACUCUUCGAUUUGCUUCACAUCAAAUUAGGGAAGGGUGCCUUGCUUUUCUUUGAAUUUUUUUCCGGGUGUAAAUAAUAUUCUUGCACCAACUAUUUGUAGUUUUGGCAGUUCAUUUUUUAACACAAAUUUAAAGAAUCCAGUGGCGUUCUCCAGCAGUUUUCUGACAAACCAGAUAAAUAAACGAAAUUAUUACUCAGAA